AUGUUUGACCGAUACUCAAAGGCCAGGGACCAUCCCAGUCUGAUUAAGCGUCGCUGUGCCAGUGUGCUGCUGGUCACUGCACUGUCACCUGCAGUGGUGAAAGCUUGGAUGCACUGGGCUGAUGUCAACGUCAAUCCGUCUGUGCUGGAGUUGAUGGGAGUUCGUUUGGAAGGUCUGCUUUCUGCAGCCGUACUGCCAUUACUACUUACCAUGGUGUUUUAUCUCGGCCCCCUGGUUCAUUCUGCGAUGGACAACCCUGACGGCUUCACUGGGGAACUUCACUCUGCUCUAGAUGUUCAAUCAUGGAUGUUGUGUGUGGGAGAUGCAGUGUGGCUCAGGAACCAGGUGGUGGCACCGCUGACGGAGGAGCUGGUGUUCAGAGGGGCCAUGCUGCCCAUGCUGGUUCCCUGCACAGGACCAACAGCUGCCAUCUUCGUGGCUCCGCUGUUCUUCGGUGUUGCGCAUUUGCACCAUAUCAUAGCGCAAUGGCGCCUCCACAAGGACAGUAUGAGUGAGAUCCUCUUGGGUUCAGGUUAGUUGGCUCACAAAACUCUACUCAAAGCACAUGAAUUAAAAUUAAAUUAGAUAUUCUAUCACAAUAUUUGUGUCAUUUUGGGAUUGAUAUAUGAGCACCUUUUAG